AGCCAUCACCUUCUUCCCUCUUCUGUCAUACAAGUCCAAGUCUUGAGUCCAAACUUCAGCUUCAACAUUCUUCUUCUUAAUUCCUUCCACAACUUCCUCUUUAUCUACCAACAAAUUUCUCAAACCCAAUUCACAACCCUAACUCAAAAUUUCCCCUCUUUCCCAUUUCAAUUUCCACAUUCAAAUUUCACACCUUUUAUCCAUUUCCUCCAUUCUCAAUUUCCCUUCAAAAUUCACAAACUUUACACUGAUUUUGCAUCUGGGUUUUCUCCAAUUUUGUUUAAAUUCAACUGGGUUGUGCUUAAAUUUUCAUAUAAAUCCUAAAGUUUCCACCUUUACACAAAUUUUCAUAGGUAAGAAGCAAAAACAAUCAUGGGUGCAAUUGCAGCUGCAACUGCAACAAAUGGGUCAAGUGAUGCAUUAGGUGAUUCUAAUAGAAUUGAAAUUACAGGAAAAAUCAUGGUUUUAGCUAUAAUUUUUCUAUUCAUGGUUGUUAUGUUUGUUCUAAUGCUUCAUUUAUAUGCAAAGUGGUUUUGGUGGCGUUUUGAGGAAAGAACUGUUCCUCAACCAAGAAACCGCCGUCGACGACGGCGGUUUGUUUUUGCUCCUGGUCAAGAUCCUGUUGUGUAUGGAAGUCACCAAAUUGGACUUGAAGCUAAAAUUCUUAAGUCUUUGCCUGUUUUGGUUUUCAAGAAUGAGGAUUUCAAAGAUGGUUUGGAAUGUGCUGUUUGUCUAUGUGAUGUUGUUGAAGGAGAAAAAACUAGGCUUUUACCAAAAUGCAAUCAUGGGUUUCAUUUAGAUUGUAUUGAUAUGUGGUUUCAAUCUCAUUCUACUUGUCCUCUUUGUAGGAAUUUAGUUUCUGUUGAAUCAUGUAAACCAAAUAGUACUACUUCAAAUGGUGAAGAGAUGAAUGUGUUAGUGUCAUCAGAAGGUGAAAAUUUGAGUCAUGUGAAUGGUUUAGAGUCUUCAAAUUUUCCUACAAAUGUUUUGGUUUGGGGGAAUUCUCAAAGACAAGUUAGUUCUUCUUUUGGUGUUUCUUUGGAAGAAGGAAGUUCUCAUCAACAACCUUGUUCAACAUCAUCAUCAUCAUCUACUUUAGGUAGUGAUAAUGGUAAUAGUGGUAGAUGUAAUGGAAAUGGAAUGUUGGUGAUUGAUAUACCAUUACCAAGUGACUUUAGUUCUUCCUCAUUGUCACCUUCUGAUAAUAGGUAUGUUGAAGAUGAAAUGAAAUCACCAAUGGCAUCAAGAUUGAGGUCAUUUAAGAGGCUUUUAAGUAGAGACAAAAAGUUUAGUCCUUCAACUCCAAGUUCUAUGGAUGUGGAACAAGGCCAGAGCUAGUAGUGACCUCUAAAAUCGUUGCAAUUACGGUUGCAGACUGCAAUUUAAAACCAUGAUCGGAGAUUUGCUAUUAGUAUUCUUAAUUACUUUCACAAGAGUUAUGCUACUUUCAUUCCAAUACUUGUGCACAUAAUGGCUAAGGAUGGCUGCUAAUAUGAUGUCUUGUUAUUCAAUCCAUUUCUUUUUUUGUUAGUAUUUGUGCUAUAACUAUAGCACAUUAAGUGAAUAGUUUGAAGUGUUUAUAUUGUAUAAAUUAUGAUAGGUUAUUUAGUUUAUUCAGAAGAUGAGAUUUGUAGUGUUAUUGUUACCAUUUUGAACUUUACUUGCAAUUAGCCUGAUUACAUUUACUGAUAUGGAUGAAAUGGAAUGAAUUACAUGCAUGGGACUAUGAUAGUCAUUCAAAU